GGUGUUGAGUUCAGUAUUUCUAUGGUCUGUGUAAAAACAUACGGUUUUGUUUCACUUAUUCGUGUCGUUGCAACGUACGUUGUUUGUUCAGAACUUCUCAAAUAUUUGUUUACGAAUGUGAAUUAUAGGCUUGUAUUAAUGUCAAAUAACUGUGCAAUUUUGUUAGAUACAUUGGUUUUUGCAUGGCUGUGCUGCGAGUCUCAAACGUAAAAAGUGAAUAUAUAUUUUGCAUCUUAUUGAUUUUUCGACUUCCUAACGGUGAACCAAUAGUAGGCGAGCUCCUUCGUUUUGAAGGGUGAGGUUUCGAUGCUCGCUUGGUUAGAUGUUCGUAAAUGGCAAGGUGCUAGAUAAUGGCUGAAUGACAGUCAUCUAAAUCCAAGUUUUAAAAAGCGAGUUGAGUGGUGGCGUGUUACCUGCAUUGCUGGAAUAAUAUUCGAAAUGCAGGUAGCUACGUUGUUUAGGGAGACAGCUACGCUCCUCGGAGCUAGCAUGGAAGCCCAGGAUACAUCUGGCUCUGAGACACAUAGCCUUAAAUUCAGAUCACCAUUUUCUGAUAGCAUCAUCAAGCAAGAGGUUCGGGAUGAUGGCUAUGAAACAUGUGGCGAUCUAGAGCUACGAUCUCAGUCGGAUGGUCACAAGCUGAUGAACCACCUCCACCUCACCGGGAAUAUGGGUGUCAAGUGCGAGCCACCAGAAGACCCUUAUAGUUUUGUAGAUGAUGAUCCAACACCAGGGCCUCAGCCUAGACCUCAGAACGUAGUCUCACAAAUAAUGCCCAAAAAACGAGGCCGCAAGAAAAAAAUAAUUCCAGACAGGUUAGAAGACACUGAAAACUUAGUUAAUGGGGAAAUGCUUAUUGGCAAGAAAAUGAAAGAUGAAAAAUUCACUCCAAUUUUUAAAGAAAGGAAAAAGCAUGAUAGAUUCAAUGGAAUGCCUGAAGAAGAAGUUUCCAAACGAACUCUUCCAGAUCAUUUAGCGCUCAACUUGGAUAUUGUCAUUUGAACUUUAUGUGUAUGUUAACAAGUGUGGAGGAGGAUUGGCUGAGGAGAUGCGUUGGAAGUACAUUUAUUAGUAAGUUGAUAGUGAAAACCUGCAACUAUGAGGUAAAGAAUUUCAUUUCAUGUUAAUUAUUUUCAGAAAUUACUAAUGAACUGUUGUAUUUGAAACAAAGAGCUUCUAGUGGUGUGAUGUAAACUUAUCAGUAAAGGUUACAGAUUAUUUUGUUGCUGUAUAAUUGUAAAUGUAAGCAGUCAUCAGAAUAAUAAUUUAUUUAUAUUAAUAUGUAGAACCUGUGACAGCGAGUUUUAACUAUUGGAAAAAUCUCUGGUAUUAUGGUGUUUUCUGGUAAUAAAUGUAAUGAAACUGUUUAUGAAUGUGAAAGUGUGUAACUCCUUAUGCAUUAAAUAUUUUAAUCAGUUUUGACAACCAAACAGAAUGGGUUGAUUAGUGAAGGAUCAACAAGUUUUUACUUUACUGUAAUGAUACAACGAUACGAAAUGACUGUAUUUUCAAUAACAUGUUCAUUUACAUACAUCAGAUGUAAAGACAAGGAUUUACAGUAUUUACUUGCAUUAUUGUGGCAGCAAUUUUACCAAAUUUUAUGGAAAAAAAGUGAGGUGCGACCAUUAUGGGAGGAAAUAUUUAAAAAAAAUUGUUAAGUAAAAUUUUUUAGUAAAUCGCUUGAAAAUGCUAAAUUAAAGAAGUUAAUAUCUAGGUACAUGGUACCUAUACGUAAUAUUUAUUUACAAUACGCGCAAAAUAAACAAAACUACUUUUGGUUACAAGAAAUUUGGCAAAAUAAAAAUAUAGUAUAAACACAAAAUUGCGAAAAAAUCAAUAAACAAAAUACAUUUCUAAAACACAUUCAAUCUGAACACUCACCAAGUUUAUCUAUUCAUUGUCUGAACCAGAUUCUGAGGCAUCAGAUUCAUUUGCCGGGACGUCAACGUCAUCUUCGUCGCCGCUGUCGUCACUGUUCUGACGCUAGAUCGUGUCGUCCUCCGUACCGUCUAGCGCGCACGAGAUGCCAGUCUUCUUAACACUCUUCACGAUUAUCUCAUGAGUAAUGAGACCCCAACUUCGCAUUAUCCACUCGCAAACCAAGAGCAAUGAUGGUCUCUUCAGCUUAUUCCCUUUCGUCAGUUAUUGCGUCCCACUGGCCAUCCACUCCCCAUACAGGCGACGGAGAUGUCCCUUGAAUGGCUUGUUCACGGAGACAUCUAGGGGUUGCUGAGCGCGGAAGCUGUCCCACACCAACAAGGCCUUUUGUUUCAGGAGACACCCUGGCCGUCGCUCCCACACAGUCUUUACCCAGUCCUUAACGAGCUCAGCGUCCAUCCAACCCUUUUCUUGAGCACGGACAUGUACGCCUGGAGGAAACUUCAUUCCCUUAGGCAACGUCUUCCGCUUGAAAAUUACGUAAGGCGGCAACUUCUGCCUAUCGGCCGUCACUGCAAGCAUUACUGUGCAACGCAUCCUCUCAUUCCCAGUAGUGCAUAUUAUUAUGCUUGACUACCCCUUCUCAUUGACCUUGGUGUUCUGCGGCAUGUCAAAAUAGACCGGCGUCUGAUCUGCAUUAGCUAUCUGCGAGAGGAGGUAGUCAUUUGUUUGUCGCAUCCGCAGAACGAAACGCUGGAACUUGAACACUUUGUUGUCAAAGUCCUUCGGCAACUUCUGGCAAAGGGAUGUCCUCUGCCGGAGUGAAAAAUUUUAAGGUCACAUAAAUCUCAUCGCCCACCCACGACUGGCCCAUAACUGGGCGUGCGGUAUGCCCCGCGCACGUGCUUCGUCUCUACCCUUGCACAUGAUCAUUUCUAGAGAAACACUGCACGCGUUGUUCCUUAACUCACGAAUGUACUCAGUCACUUGCGCAUCCACUUCAGGAAACUUCCCACGCUUAGGCCCUCGGAAAGCUCACAUAGAUGAACUUGUGUUAUUCAAGUUGUCUUUUUGUUUUCGUCAGUCACGAACAAGUUUUUCACUUACUGAAAAUUCUCUUUCCGCGGCCCGAUUUCCGUGCUCUUCUGCAAAUGCGAUUACGUGCAACUUGAAAGCAGCAGUAUACGAAUUGUAUUUACCCAUAUUCUCACAAAAUGAACUUUCUCAAACUCUGCAAUUACCGGUACUUUCCACUCCAACGCAAACGAGAUAAAACAAUGGCAUCACAGCAUCUUAUCUUCCACACACAUUUCUUCCUCCCACACGGCCAAUUAGGACACGCCGCUCAAGGUUGGACCAAUGAUAAGCGCUACACGCCACGUGAAAGCUAGCUGUUCCAUUGUGUUUACGGCUGUUCCGAUCGCGCCACACGCCACAUGAAAGUAGGCUGUUCCAUUGUGUUUACGGCUGUUCCAUUCGCGCCUCAGUCGCCAUCAAUAAAUUAGGGUGCGACGAUUAUGGGGAGAAUCUUAAAUAACAAAUUCAUUACCUGAAACAAUGGGUGCGACGAUUAUUCGAUUAAAUACGGUAUAUUUACAAGUAAAUUAUAUAAGCAGUUAAAUAUAAUAUAAAUUAGUGUACACAACUAUUAUGCAUUUGAGUUAUGACACAUGCACAAUUUAUAGUUAUAAUCUAUUAUCGUAUUCAAAUAUAUACAUCACCAUACUUUGUAGUUUUUAAUAGUAAAAAAUUUGCAUAUUUGCAUACACAAAUGUAAUUUACUUUCUGUUGCAGUGACAAAAUAUAAAAUGUAAUUUUAUAUUUUGAAAAGGCCUUAGUCAAAAAUUUUACAAUAUAUUCUCACUAAUCUCACUAAUUUUGACCAGUGAAGUGCCAAUUACUAAAAUUGUUUGAUUAUUUAAAGUUAAAAAAGGGCGUUUAAAUUAUAAACUUCUGUAUACUGUACUUUUUUUAAAUAACUACAAAAAAUCAACUGAUGUACAAGUGUGAUUGUAUAAUAUUUAUACAUUUCAAAACUUAAAUGAAGUAUUAUGAUAGUGGUGUAAUUGUCCAUAAAAAAUCAGUUCAGUUAUAUUUAAUAAAGAGGAAUUAUUUCUUUGGAGUCAAAAAACAAUCAGUUAUAUUUUGUGUUUUUGGCCUUAAAUGCUUAAAAUCCUUUGUUACUUUUCUCUGGAAUCUGUUUGUAAAGCAAGAAUAUCGUAAGCAGCUGCACAAUUUUCCUGAGCCUAUUUAAUGGAGGUAGGGAUGGCAUCAUUGCACUGCUGUCACUUACCUAUUUGAACAGCUACAUUUUGUCUUCCUCUUAUUUUUCUUUUCUUUGCAUGCUAUUGAUGAUGUUGUCAUCAUUGAAUAGCCAGCUAUCAUCUAGGGUCGUAUCUCCUGGCUUGUCAAAAACAUAAUUGUUUGCAAGUGGGAAAAAUAGGAGAUGUUGCUGUGAGCCAGUGAGUUUUAUCGACAACUCACGUUCCCUUACCCUGUCAUUCCACUGAUACUCCAUUUUCAUCUCAUCCCACCUUAUUGUCUCUCAUGACUCUUGUCAACAUUAGGAUGUUAAGCUCUGGUUGAUUAAUUAAUAUAUUAAUUAAAUUCAGUAAUUUUUGAAGGCAAGAACAAUACAUGGACAAACCAUAAUUAGAUAUGUAAUUAUUUUCGUCAAUUUACCUUGUGUCACUUUAGAUCUCCCAACUAACUCAACAUUUGGUCUAGAGUGCAUAUUCAUGACCACUUGCAGAAAUAAGUUGGGCACUAAAAAAUACGUAAGUUCCAAAAUAAAUGUUACUGUCAAUGUUUGGUUACUGAAAUAACAUCUCUUGGACACAAACUGAUAUUAACAUAUUUUUUUGAUACUUGAAGAAAAUUCACAAUCAUCAUGGCCACCAUCAUGUGACCACGAGAAAAAAUACAUUUAGAGUAUACAAAUUGGUCUCCUAAAACAUCUUCAAUGAUUCCAGAAAACCAAUUUUACUGUUCAUAGUACAGAAAAAAAAAUAAUUAAUACAGUUCGCACAUAAAUCCCGUGGUUGUUUGCAACUUACAGUACAAGCCGAUGCACUCUGUCCUCAGAAUAAUGGCGAAGUUACUCACUCAUUGCUGUGGGCUAACACCGAUGACUGUGGUCACUGAAUUCUACAUAUAGUUCCAAAAAAAUGGAAAAUGGUUGAUCAUACAUGGUAGUGCCCGGAUCACAGCCCCAAAAUUUUCUAUUUGACUCACAUUAAAAUGUUAUUUUUGAGCCACCUUCUGGUACAAGACCUACUUGGUAGCUCGUACAGACGCUGACUGAACUCUGUGUGUCCAUGGUCGUCCUUCUUGCUGAGCAAGGACAAAUGGUGCUCAUGUGACAAAACUCUGUGACCAAUCAUAGAAAUGCACAGAAAAAUAUCAGCUAAUACUAGUGCAUGGCAACGGUACUUUGACUAAGAUACAGAUUCUUUCUCAUUGUUACAGAACUCUCUCUCUUUUAAUUCUUACGCAACUGCCCAACUGACAAAUUAUUGCAUCAGUUCGUCCAAACAAAGAACCCUGGCAAAAAAAUACAAAAGAGUAUUACAUUAACGCAUACUUACAAAUUUAGAAGAAACAAGCAACACUUAAAAAAUAGGUAAAAAUAACUUCCAGUUGCUUAUUCACCAUAAAGCAAGCAAAUCUUCAGGAACAAUUAAAAAGUAUGAAAAGAUGUAAAUUAUUACUAUAAAACAUGACAAACACACAAAUACUUCUCAAGAGAAUAAAUAGCUGGUAUUUAAAUCAUAUAAAAAACCUAACCAUAGUGCUGAACAUGAUGGGACAACACAAAAAUCGUUAAAUAAACCAUUUAACAAGUGGGGAGUCUGGGUUGCUACAACCUUUGACAGCUAUCCAAAAUUAGCUUUUUUUUUUUUUUUGCGAAAAACUAUGAUUCAAAAUUUUUUCACUGACUGUUCAAAUGUGAAAUGAAACUAUUGUUUAAAAACUGAUUUUGUCAGCCACACUCUGUUUUAGUUUUUUUGUA